AUGAUGGCCAAGGAAGUUACCCUCGCGGAAUAUCUUUUCCUCAGACUGCAUCAGCUCGGAGUACGCAGUGUUCACGGUGUUCCUGGGGACUACAACUUAGUUGCCUUAGAUUAUGUUGAACCUUCAGGACUACACUGGGUUGGUAAUGCCAACGAACUCAAUGCUGGAUACGCAGCCGAUGGCUACGCAAGAAUCAAAGGGCUAUCAGCAUUGAUAACUGCAUUUGGAGUUGGAGAAUUGUCUGCCCUAAAUGCGGUUGGUGGAGCUUAUGCGGAGAAGGCCCCGGUGGUUCAUAUUGUCGGUGUCCCAUCCACCGCAUCCCAGGAUCAGGGCCUUUGUCUACACCAUUCAUUUGGCGAUGGAAAUUUCCGCCUGAAUGCAGACGUCUACGCCAAGUUCACAUGUGCCCAGGCAAACCUGAGAGAUAAAGAGGCUGCGCCUGCCUUGAUUGACCAGACUCUGCGCCAAUGCUUGCUCCAAAGCAGACCUGUAUAUAUUGAACUGCCUACGGACCUGGUCAAGGCCCGGAUCCCAGCAGUCAAGCUCGAACGACCAAUUGAUCUAUCUGUUUCUCCGAAUGAUGCAGUCAUCGAAAAUGCUGCCAUUAAAGACAUCCUCAAGCGACUGUAUGCUGCCAAACAGCCCUUCAUUAUUGUCGACGGGUUUGCCCCUCGAUAUGGAAUAAGCUCUGAGGCAGAUGAGCUCGUUCGUGUCACUGGAUUUCCAACCUCAACUACGCCAUUUGGAAAAGGAAUCAUCAACGAGACAUAUCCGAACUUCCAUGGUAUCUACGCAGGGGCUGCAGGCAAAGAGGUAUAUGUGCCUUGGGUGAAUUCCUGUGACCUUGUUGUCCGCAUUGCACCAUUGAACGCAGACACCAAUACCUACAGCUUCACUACAUUGACGAAACGCAACUUGACCAUUGAAGUUCACCAAAACGGGGUCGAGGUCUGUGGAGCGCUCUAUCGUGGCCUGAACACCAAAACUCUCUUGCAGAAACUGCUUGAUCGAUUGGAUACAUCAAAGCUGCCGCGACUCAGCCCAUACCCGGACCUCGGGAAUCCUACAAAACAGCUCGACGACUUAGGAACGCCGGCCCGCGAUGCAAUCAUUGACCAGGGUACAUUCUGGCAGCGCAUUUCAAACUUCUUCCGCCCUGGCGACAUUCUCAUGACCGAGACCGGCACCUCGUCUUCCGGUGGAAGAGACUUCGUUUUGCCCCCACAAACAACAGUGAUCAAUUCCGCUCUCUGGCUUUCGAUUGGAUACAUGCUUGCCGCAUGCAGCGGUGCGUCCCUCGCUCAACGCGAGAUGGUCUCGGAAAAGAGCCGCCCGGCCGGUCGAACGAUUCUAUUUGAAGGCGACGGCAGUCUCCAGAUGAGUGUGCAGGCUAUUGGAGAUAUCAUUCGCAACCGCUUGGAUAUAACUAUCUUUGUGAUCAACAACAAUGGGUACACCAUUGAACGCUAUAUCAACGGUAUGCACGCGGGAUAUAACUGGGUUCAGCCCUGGCGGUAUUUGGAAUCCGCGAGGUACUUUGGUGCUCCCGAGAAUGAUCCCGAGUACCCUGUAUUCAAUAAGCGAGUCGAAAACUGGGGCGAAUUGUUGGAUGUCAUGCAAGAUGAGCAGCUGAAGGCUGGCAAGGGUUUCAAUAUGGUGGAAGUUAUUAUGCACGAAGAAGACGCGCCGACAUCAUUGAAGAACCUUGUGCGAAUGGCGGCGAAGAGAAAUGAAGGAGGUGCUGAGACCACACCGGUGCGUCAAGGGUUGAGGAAGUUAAAGAAGAGGAGACCCGACGUGGUUGAUUCUACUACACGUAAGGUUAAUAAGAAAAAGAGACAAAAUUAA